AGGCCGUAGCCAUGGAUGAGAACGUCACAGAGAUCGAUCUCUCCGAGCUCUACGACGACAUUUACUACAUGCUGGGACAGGAGGGUCAGACCAAGGUGCACACCAUCGAGCAUGCCUCCAUCACUCUCCGCGUCAUCCUCGGGUUGGUCUACAGCCUCAUCAUCCUCAUCUGCGGUAUCGGGAACCUCCUGCUCCUCAUCGUGAUGGGGAGGUACAAGAAAGCACGGACCACCACGAACCUGCUCAUAGCCAACCUGGCGCUGUCAGACUUCGUGGUAGCCGUGCUGUGUAUCCCCUUCGACCUGGACUAUUACAUCAUCAACGAGCGAGCCUGGAACUACGGACCGCACAUGUGCCGGCUGGUCAACUACGUCAAGAUGGUCUCUCUCUACGUGUCCACUGAUGCUCUACUGGUCAUCGGAGUCGACAGAUACAUGAUGAUCCUUCAUCCCAACCGACAGCGGAUGGGGAAGAAGAGCGCCAUCUUGGUGUCCAUUGGCGUUUGGGUCCUCUCCAUGCUGAUCGCCAUCCCCUCGGCAAAGUUCUCCAAGAUGCAGCCUUACUCCAACGAGACGCAGUUUUUCUGCGGGGUGGUGUGGGACGUCCACGUGGAGACCGCCUCCAAGUGGUACUUUGGUAGCAUGCUGGUAUGCCAGUUUAUCCUGCCUGUUGUCAUCAUGGCGUUCUGCUACCUGGCUGUCGUGUGGCAGGUCUUCCACAGGGAGCCUCCGGGAGUGGUAACAGAAGCCCACCGGGCCACCCUACAGCGAUCCAAGAAGAAGACACUCCGCCUUGUCGCCAUGUUGGUCAUGUUCGUGUUGUGUUGGGCUCCAUACUACAUCUGCACGGCCAUCAGGGACUUUCACGACAUCCUGAACAACAACCCCAUGAAUACCAACAUCUUCUACGCCGUGGAGGCAACGGCAAUGGGGAACAGCGCCAUCAACACCUGCGUUUACGUGGCCUUCAACGGAAACGUCAUCCAAUACGUCACCAAGUUUCUGCAGGAAUGUUUCGGACCGCCCAAGAACAAUGAUGGGACGAUCGUAACCUUCAGAUCAAGACAAGCUACCGAACCGACCAACGUGACAGAGUUUCCUCUCAGUAACACGACUUGAAGAAAGUUCACACCUUCAGUGUCAAUGUGAAGGCACCCUGACACAAUGAGCCUAAGAUUUGUACAUGUGCCCUAAAGACUGUCAGAUUUCUAUCUGAUUAUAUCAUUACAUGACAAUCCCAUUUCAGUCUGUCAGUGUGUCAGUGAGAGGCACUUGAUAAACGUUAGGCUGUUUUCCAGGGACUUGGUUUGUUUUUCAUUAAUAUAGCUUGUCUUGACAGGCUGAUGCAUUGACAUUCAUCUGAUAUCAUACUGCCAAUAGAUUAUCAUAACACCAAAAGUAAUCUGAUCUUUUUUCAUCGCCAAAGAAUUAUUUUAAGAAAGGUACUUACUCUCCUAUUUAACCUGCAUUUCAUGAUAUAUUUGACACAUUUCCCAUUUCUGUAUUUAGUUUUAUUUUUAAGCAUGGCAGUGCAAUUCUACUGACUCACUAAAUCAGUGUACUCCGGGUUUAGACAUUUUCAUACAGUGAAGAAGACUCGUUUAGAGCUGUAAGACGAUAGUUGGGAUAGACUGCUUGUGCAUUUUAACCAGGUACCACAGAAAAACGUGCGAAAUGAAGAAAUAAUGGCAGAGCAAUUAUCUAGAAAUAACAUUUCAUACCUUUAUCAUAAGAGAGGCCACUGUUACUUGAGAUAUAUUGUACUCUUGAUAAUAGAAUACACAGGAGAUGUAAAUCUAAACAAGAAUG